UUAGCAUCACACAGAUGCGAACGGAACCAUCUUUCAGAUGCCGACCAUGGUGGUCUCUCGUUGCGGCUGCCUGGAUUCCGUGCGUUGCACGUGAACAGCCCUGGAUCGCUUUGGGUUUGGCUGGCAACCUCAACGCCGACAAUGCGGUGGUGCGCCAGGCCGUGGCGAGCUGGUUGGAUGCUGGCGGCCGCGCGGUGGAUGCGGCGUUGAUGUACUACAACGAUGAGGGCUUGCGGCAGGGGCUGGAAGGUUUCUAUGGCACUCCAAUUGAUCCAAAGGAUUCAAGUGAGCCAAGCGCCAGCGAGGUGUUUGUGACCACCAAAAUCCCUCCUGAGCAGAUGGGUUUUGAUCGGACUCUGGAGGCCAUUGUGGAGGCUCGAGAGAAGAUCUUGCCGGCUGGAAGGUCUUCGAAAACGUUGGAUUGCGUACUGAUCCACUGGCCCGGCCGCACCUGGCGGAAGCGCCACAGUGACCCCGGCUGCGUCCUGGAUCGCGGUUCAGCAGCGGCAGACUGGUCCGUGUGUCGUCGCGAAUCCUGGGCCGCGCUGCAACAUGCCAAGGCCAUGGGAAUGGUGGGAUUGAUUGGUGUGUCCAACUAUGAACUUCCGCACUUGGAAGAAAUGGACAGUGUGCCUGAUGUCCUGCAAAUUGAGUUCCACCCUUGGUGGAACCGCGCUGACCUCCUCCAGUGGUGCCGCGAACGAAAGGUGAAGCUGAUAGCCUACAGCAGUCUGGGAGGUGCAGGAUCCACCUGGCUCGGAGAUCCCACUUUGGCACAGCUGGCACGGCAGGAGGGGCUCACCGUGGCCCAAUUACUGUUGAAUUGGGCGGUGAGUCAAGGGGCGGCCGUGAUUCCAUCGGCCCGAAGCAGGAAACACAUGGAGGAAAACCUGGCGUGCUGCCAACAGGCCCUAUCUGCAGAAACUCUCAGUGCCAUGUCGGCACCCUUGGAGGCGCAGCAUCGAACCAUUGAGCCGGAUCCGCGCUGGAUAUAUGUCCCGGGGGUGGCUGCGACUGCAUUUGGAGGGCCCAAACCUCCCUCCCAUGCACAUCUCAAUCUCUUCGGUGGCGUUGAACAGUUCCAUUUUGGCAGCCUGCGCAAGCACUGCUGGCAAGAGGGGCGAACGCCUCACCUCUGCUGCGAUCCUGCCUUUGGUCCUGAGGGUUUUUCAACUUGCUGGACGCGCGAGCUGAGUUUCAUUGAGUGUUGCACAGCUACCACAGACAAACUCGUUCUUCACCCCGUCGGUGAUUCACUUGCCUUUUCCAACAGUCUGGUGGAUUUCAUUGUGGUGGGUGCUGGUUCGGCAGGGAGCAUAGCAGCCUCCAGGCUAGCACGCAAGGGCUUCACGGUGGUGGUGGCCGAAUCUGGAGGUGAUGGCUUGUCCUCCAAAAAUAUUCAUCCUAAUCCUUCAUCCGCUGAACAAUUUGAUCAUUGGUUCGUGCACAACGUGGAGUGGACACUGGGGGAAGUCUCCCGCACGACUCAAAUCAUUCACGGCCGGGGGCUGGGAGGAAGUUCUUCGGUGAACGGAAAGAUUUACACAAGGACACCCUUGCCCUUUUCUCCUGCCAUGGUUUCAGCUGCCUAUGAAGAUGUGGAAUCAGAUUUGUUGCUGGAGCAGGAUGUGAUACCAAUUGAGUCAUGGCAAAGGGCUGUGCUAGAUGGUUUUGAAGCGGCUGGAAUUCCAUAUGUGCACAAUGCUUCGAUGUCUUUUAAGCAUGGUGUUGGGCCUGUGCAAAAGAUUUCGAGCUGCAAAAACGGAGGCCGUGUGUCAGCUUUUCAUUGUGCUCUUGGGAAGGGUGAUGCCGAGGUGCUGAGAAAUGCACACGUAGACCGAGUGAUUUUUCAGGAUGGCAAAGCUGUCGGGGUCAAACUCGCUGGCUAUGUCAAAGGCAACCUUUUCUGCAGACAUGGCAUGAUCUUGAGCGCCGGAGCGUUACAGACUCCGGUGAUUUUGGUGCGAUCCGGCAUUGGGCAUCCGAUGGAUUUGCAACGACUUGGUGUUGAAGCCCAGGUCUCCAGUCCGGAGGUUGGGGCCAACCUGCAGGACCAUCCCUACUUGCCUUUUCGGGUUCGAACGAGUUUGCCAUGUGUGGAUGGGGAUGGGAGUUUAUAUGCCUUUUAUUCCAACUUGACUGCGCCAAGUUCCAGGCAUCGCAUCUUUGAGUUGCAGCUGAUUCCGCGCUGCAGGGGUCAGAAUAUGGAGCUGAAAGGCUAUUUGAUCUUGCUGAAAAGUGAGAUGAAAAGUGGCCGGGUGGUGGUGCGGUCCAGGGACGCCACCGAAGCUCCGGCCAUUUUGAACAAUCCUUUUGUUGGAGAUGGCAUUGAUGCCUGGCAACUGAUACAUGGCUUGCGAGAAGUGUAUCAGCUGUUGAAAGCGCUGGGAAGCUUGCGAGAAUUCGAUCCACCGCAGGAGUCACUGAUGAAGGAUGGUUUUGCUGGCCAGUACUGUGCUCAGCAUCUGGGGCUCUGGCAGCAUCCCAUGGGUUCCGCUCGUAUGGGAUCGGUGCUGGACCAUCACUUGCGCGUCAGGGGAGUGGGAAAACUCUACGUGGCGGAUGCAUCUGCACUGCCAGAUUGGGCUCUGGCGGGACAUCCAGAUGCUGGGAUUCGAGCUGUUGGUUCACUCGUGGCACAAUUUGCCACACAAGAUCUGCAGAUCAAAAGGGUCGUGUGA